AUGAGGACGGAAGACGUCAGGUUGAGCACGAUCCUCUUCCGUGGCUUCUAUGGACAACGACACGGGGAAGCAUCUCUCUGGGUUCCAACCUCGUCCAGGAGGGACCCAUCUCCCGGGCACAGCUCUCUCACGCUCGGGCUGCCGGCCAGCGAUGCUAGAAGCAGAGACACCCAGCUCCAACAGCGGGGCGCCCCCCCCACCCCCCGCACCCUGCUCUGA